AUGAGCAGCGUGCGCGAAUUCGACUAUCUGGUUAUUGGAGGUGGUUCUGGUGGGAUCGCCUCAGCUCGUCGCGCACGUGAAUUCGGGGUAUCGGUUGGACUGAUUGAGAAUGGCCGCCUAGGAGGAACAUGUGUAAAUGUGGGAUGUGUGCCAAAAAAAGUCAUGUACAACUGCUCUAUGCAUGCUGAAUUCAUACGCGAUCAUGCCGAUUACGGUUUUGAUGUUACUCUGAAAAGUUUCAACUGGAAUGUUAUCAAGCAGUCACGUGAUGCCUAUGUCCGACGUCUCAAUGGCAUCUACGAGAACAACCUCAACAGCUCUAAAGUCGAUCUCAUCCGAGGUUUCGGUACAUUUGCUGAUGACGGGAUUGUGGAGGUUAAUGGAGAGAAAUUCAAAGGAAAAUACACUCUCAUUGCCGUAGGUGGUUAUCCUACAAUUCCAAACAUUCCGGGUGCCGAACUGGGAAUCGACAGCAAUGGAUUUUUCGAGCUCAAUGAACUUCCAAGGAAGGCCGUGGUGGUUGGCGCAGGCUAUAUUGCCGUGGAACUUGCUGGUGUACUUGCUAAUUUGGGUUCAGAUACACAUCUCAUAAUUAGAUAUGACAAGGUUCUGCGAACGUUUGACGAAACGCUCAGUACAGGCUUAACUGAGGCUAUGGAUAACGGUCCAGUUACUAUUCACAAAAAUACCCAAAUAUCAAGCGUAGAGAAACGCUCUGAUGGUCUCUUAACAGUUAAAACUACUAAUGGUGUUAUUGAUGAAGUAAGCACACUGAUAUGGGCUAUUGGAAGGACACCAUCUACGGCAAAAUUAAAUCUGGAAAAGGUCGGAGUGAAGACAGAUGCUCAUGGUCAUGUUAUCGUUGAUCAAUACCAGAACACAUCUAAUUCUUCUAUUUUGUGCGUUGGCGAUGCCACUGGAAAGUUUCUGCUUACUCCAGUUGCUAUAGCCGCUGGUCGACGCCUUGCUCACCGCCUUUUCAACAAUGAAUCUUCAAAUUACCUUCCUUAUGAAAACAUUGCUACCGUAGUUUUUAGUCAUCCUCUCGUGGGUACUGUAGGACUCACAGAAGCUGAAGCGAUAAUCAAAUACGGAAAGGAUCAAGUUAUGAUAUACAAGUCGAAGUUCAAUCCGAUGUAUCAUGCUGUAACAAAGCACAAGGAGUUUUGCAUAAUGAAGUUGGUGUGCGCAGGACCCGAAGAAAAGGUUGUGGGUAUCCAUGUUCUGGGUGCUGGUGCUGAUGAGAUGCUGCAAGGGUUCGCUGUAGCAUUGACUAUGGGUGCUACGAAAGCUCAGUUCGACGCCUGCGUAGCUAUUCAUCCGACUAGCGCUGAAGAGCUGGUGACGAUGCGAGGAGGUGUAAGGCCAAAGUAA